CUUCACUUCACUUCACGUCACUCCACGUCCUCCGCAUAAACAUCCAACUUCCCUGGACCUUAUAUCCCAGAAGUGAUGCGACAUAACUAGUCAUCAACCUUCUGCGCUUUUUGGAUCUACCCCCGCGAACACACCUCGACAAUCUCCCGGUCUCCCAAGGCUUCGCGCGCGCCUCUGCGCCGGCCUUCGACACCGUCUCCGUCCCACUUGCUCAAUUCCAGAAGAGCCAACAGCGCUCACCGCUCCCAGCCGUUCGCGAUUGCUGUCGCUUCUGCAAUCGCUACCGCGACCCACACGCGCAGCUAUCCUACUACCCAAAAUAAAUACUCGCGAUAGCCCACCAUGUCCGCAGCCGUUGCCACUGCCCGCCCCUCCCAGGCUCUCCGCCAACGUCGCGAGUCCCAACGCCCGACCCUCGCGCGGUCUUCGACGACCAAAGGAAACACUAUGGAAAAUGGCGCCCCCAAAACCGAGCGGAGACCGUAUGUCCGCGACAAAAACUACAUCCUCAAUAGGUUCAAUGGCAACCCCCCGUCACUCAAGGUCUACCUGUACCCGAACCACUUCCGCAUCAACGAUUCUCAGGAUUCGCUCUCGUACAGUUCGCCCAUGCGGGAACUGCUGGAACACAUAAGUGCGAAGACGGUCCCUCAUAACAUGGUGGACGAGUUCUAUGCCGCAGGGAUACCAUUUUAUGACAACUGCCUGAUUGUUGAGGUGCAUGACCUCAGAACCACCGGGAUCAAGCCUAAAGAUGAGGCGAGCAAAGCCGAAACGCCCAACGGGACCAACCUCUUUUCGAUACACACGUACAACAGCUUCAUCACACCCUCCGCCUUUGCCCCCUAUCCAGAACAGUACGCAGUGAAGGGCCCAGGCUCCACCACAAAAGACUACAGGUUCAAGGCACCGGAUCCGCAGUCGAACGAGGAACCGAACAAGGAGAACGCUCCAGCACCGGGCCAGCCAGCGUCAUCUCAAAAUGCACCUAGCAAGGCCAAGGUCGCGACGAUGGUGCUCUUUGAUACGCCCGAAUCGCACAAUGCGGAUCUCCAACUCCUGGCACUUACGCCGGUGGUGGACAUUGAGACAUAUCGGAAGAAUAGGGCGUCCGGAAAGACCCCCGGCAACCCCCCGACUCCACUGACCGCAGUUCCUCCCACGCCGACAGCUACAAGCGGGCGAAGUCCAAAACGCCAGAAAAUGGUUCUUGACGAGAGCAAUAGAUAUGAGCUCGAGGCUGCCAUCUUAGAUGCCACUUGCCCGCAGCUGUACCUUGCCCCAACUCGAAGUCUGUUAGAAUCGCAAGCGCUCAUGGACGAGCUGACCCACCCGAACAACAAGAUGCCUGCGCCGCCACGGAAGAGUCGUAAGAGAACCACAGCCGAAUUGGCAGCCGAUGAAGCGGAGGCUGCCGACACGCAGCGUUUCAUGCUCGCAGGAGAUGACCUACAAGCCUCGAAGACGGCCACGGCGACUGGUGCGGAGGAUGGCCAGACGCACAUGCGCGGCGGAGCGAACUCGUUGACCUUUUCACGCUUCAAGGCUCUGGAGACCAUCAAGCAGCAUCACGAAGAAGCGCAAAACCGAAAGAAGGAGGAAGAGGCACGCCAGAACCUCGCGAAGAGGCAGGCUCAAGCCGAGGCCGAAGCUCAGAAGAGGAGAGAGAUGGAAGCGAACCGCCAGGCCGAGCAACAUGCGUUGAUGCAGCAGAGGCAACAAGAGGCUCUGCUUCGCCAACAGCAGCAGCAAGCGCAGCAACAGCAACAGCAGCAGCAGCAACAACAACAACAACAACUCCAACAAGAACAGCUGCGAGCAUCACAGGCACAGGCACAGGCACAGGCCCAAGCACAAGCCCAGGCUCAAGCUCAAGCACAGGCUCAAGCCCAAGCCCAAGCACAGGCGCAACAAAUAGCAAACGCUACUUCUCAAGUCUCUCAUACGCCGCAAUCUGCAACUCAACCCCAAUUCUCGUCCCCUGUCCCAAGGCAGCAGACUCCAAUGGCUGCUGCUGCAUCACCCAUGAUGCAUCCUACUCAUCAAAUGGGCGGUACUCCCAUGGUGGCUACGUCUUCCAAUCAUGCCGCCGGCAGCCCAGCACGACCACCGUCUGCGGUGUCACACGCUGCCAUGGCACGCAGCGCCAGCCAGCAACAAAAUCAGCCCAUGAGCAGGACAGGUACACCUCAGAUGAUACAAGGCACGCCUGUAAUGAAUGCCGCUGGACCAAAUCGCAACAUGGCGUCUACACCGCAGCCACGCAUGAACCAAGGAAGUCCGUCAGCGCCUAUGGCGGGAGGCACUCCAAUCAUGAUGCAGACGCCUUCUCUCCAGGGGAUGACUCCGGAGCAAAUGCAACAACUCCAGAAUGUUCAAAUGCAACGCAUACGAGCUCAGGCAAUGCAGGGAUUAUCGGGCUCACCCGGCCAAAACAUAUCACAGCUUCAACAGAUGGCUAUCAUGAAAGCCAAACAGCACAUCCAAGCACAGGGAGGCGUGCCGCAGGGACAGAACGCCAUGCAGUAUCAGCAGGCGCUUGCUCAACGGUACUUCCAGCAGUUGCAACAGCAACAUCAGCAGCAGCGGGCCCAGCAGCAGCAACAGCAGCAACAGCAAAUGAACCAGCAGCAGCAACAACAACAGCAGCAGCAGCAGCAGCAACAAAACCCCGGUAUGGGAAACGAAAGCCCUGGUCAAGGCAUGCCUGGUGGUCAUGCCGCUAUGCAAAUCAACAACAUGUCGUACCAACAGCUUAAGGCUACCUACAUGCAAAGGCAACAGCAGUUGGCAGCAAACUAUGGUCAGAUUUCAGCUGCUCCGCCUCAGCACCAGGCAAUGAUGCAACAGCUCCAAAUGGCCCUGCGUAAGAAAGAGCAAGAGUUCCAGGCCGCCCAGAAUGGGCAGAUGAACAACAAUAUGGGCAAUAUGAACAUGGGCCAGAAUCCCCAGCAGAUGCAGCAAUGGACGCAGGCCCUCAACCAGCAACGCUUGCAGCAGCAACAGCAACAGCAGCGCCAACAGCAACAGAUGAUCGCCAUGCAGCGCCAACAACAAAUGGCAGCGGCAGCAUCUGGCGGCCAGAUGAAUGCUGGAAUGAUGGGCAACAUGGCCGGCAUGGGUAACAUGGCUGGUAUGAUGGCUAAUCCCGGUGCCAUGAACAUGAACAACAUGCAGAACGUGCAAAAUCUGCAGAAUAUGCAAAACAUGGCUGGCAUGAAUAUGGCUGGGAUGCAGGGCAUGAAUAUGGGACAGAUGAACCCGCAGCUGUCCCAGCAACAGCAGAUGCAGAUGCUCAUGAGGCAAGCACAAGCCAGGCAGCAGCAGCAAAUGAACCAGCAACGAGCACAGGGAGGAGACGGCUCCGGGUUGGACUGGAGCGGCGUCAGUGGUUAGGGUCGUCUCGUCAUUGCCUGCUAAUAAGAAGUUGAGGUUUUGGGGGCUGGUGUUUUGGUUUUUGAGAUCUCUUGUCAGAUACCCUGGGAUAGUAGUUUUACUACCUCAUUUAUAGUUUCUUGCAUGGUUUGGACUUUUAUUGGCGUACUUAUUGAACAAGCAUGUAGCAUCCUAGGAGUCGGGUGUUGCUCAUUCUUAUGCUAUUUUUCAUGCCCCCUAUGUAAUAGCCCAUAUUUUAUGGGGCCUAUGUAAUGUCAGCCACCUCAUUUCUGGGUCAAUUCGGCCAUACAAUAAACAGGGUUUCAAACUCC